AUGAUGAUGCGACUCUUUGUGGUAUUGCUUGCGGUUGCUGUAUCCGCCGCUAUCGAAAGCGUUCAACCAGAAGAAGGCAAAGCGUCCAGAAACUUGGGCUUCUUCCGCUCCUUUUCGACCAUGAACAAACUGAACCGAGCCUUGUUGGACUGUGACUAUGACCACCCCGAGAAGGCGAGAUACUGUCCCCCUGUAAACGAUAUUGUGCCCUUUCCAGAAGGCUCGGAAACACAGGAUGCACAGUCUCAACGAGAGUUACAUACCAUGGGCAUACAAAAGGAAAUCUCCGAGUUGUCCCAAUAG